CCCUAUCAGCGUCAUUUACAUUCUGUCUUAAAAGGGAGUCGGAAGAACAUGGUAGGUGAGACCGACCAGCAGACACAGAGGAAGAAGGACCUAAAAUAACCGCUAACGUUAAAACACAAACUACAGUGUAAGCUUUGAGCGUCGCACACCUGUUGAACGCCUUCCAUUCUUUUAAGACUGCCAGUGCCUGAAGUUUCAAACAGAGGAAAACAAUAUCUGACCGUUUCACAUCACUGCUGUGGAACUCCAGAAGUCGUUUCCACCGUUUCAAAAAAUGUCCUUUCCCUGCAAAGGACCGGAGGGGACGGGAUAGAGUACACUGGAGAAGACAACGAGAGUGGGCUAUCGGGAGCUAAUCUCAGAGUGCAGAUAAUCCAAAACGUGGCCAAACUACGAGGGGUUUGGAAACAAGAGUGAACCCCACCGCUGCGGAAAAACAAGGAAAAGAAGACGAGCGCGAAAGGAGCCGGAUACGUUGUAUCCUGUCGAGAUGGCUCUCAACACCCAAGUGUGGCACACCCAGGUAGCCCCCCAGGAGACGUUGCCUAGCAACCCCGACAGAACGGCGUCCGUGGGCGGCGGCCACCUGGAGUGCUCCAUCUGCUACAACACCUACGACAACGUCUUCAAGACCCCCAAGUUGCUAGAGUGCACCCACACCUUCUGCCUGGAGUGUCUCUCCCGCCUCAUGGCCGUGUCGCUGUCCGACCAGGACUCGAGCCGCAGCGGCAAGAUCCCCUGUCCCUUCUGUCGCCACCCCACCGCCGUGCCCAAGCAGGGCCCUCCAGCCCUGGCCACCAGCCGAGAGGUGCUCUGCAAGCUGCCCAGCCACCAGCAACAGGAGGAGCCGGUGUGGCUGGACGGGGAGAAGCUCUGCUACAAGCAGUCCCUUGACAACCACUCUGGGACCACGGGCCCGGCUUCGGCCUUCUGCAUCUGCAUCGACAUCGGGGCCAGCAAGGCAGGCGAGCCCCCGGCUCAGACGCGGCGGCCUAGGAGCAUGGGCAUCCUGGAGCGUCUCACGGACUGGAAGAGGCUGCUGCUGUUCAUCGCCCUCAUGGUACUACUGGUGGUGAUCGUGCUGUGGCCCCUGCAGUGCAUCAUCACCACGGGCAACCUGCGCUGUGUGUCACGCAAUCCCGGCUCCCAACCACCACCAGGCCCAACCACCACCACACAGCCGUAAACAGAUGGGAGUCAGAUGGCUGAGCGGUUAGGGAAUCGGGCUAUUAAUCAGAAGGUUGCCGGUUCGAUUCCCGGCCGUGCAAAAUGAAGUUGUGUCCUUGGGCAAGGCACUUCACCCUACUUGCCUCUGGGGAAUGUCCCUGUACUUACUGUAAGUCGCUCUGGAUAAGAGUGUCUGCUAAAUGACUAAAUGUAUAUAUAUAUAUAUAUAUAUAUUGAUAAAUUAGGCACCAAAAAAUGAUGCUUAUAUAUUCAGUAUCAGAAUGGUGACAACUGAGCAACUGACAGCUACAGAUUGUUUUUUUAGUUUUUUUACUGAAUCUCUUGUUGCCUGAACGUAGAAAUGUCACUGACGGUGUUCUGAGUUUAUCCAAUCAAAAGCAAAGCCAAAGAUAGUCUGACACACUGAACAGUAUACUCUGAUGUAUUAUUGAUAUACUUUUUGAUAUUUUGUUUACACAUUUUUUAUAAAAAAACAAAAUGUG